UGCUGAGCCACGACAGGAGCUCCUUUUCUCCUUUAAAUGGAGAUAAUAAUUACUGUGAGUAUUGAAUAAAUGGCCUUGAAUAAACAGUUUAAACGGUUGCUAUAAUUAUUCCUUAAAUUAUUAUUGCUUGUUACUAUAGAAGGAUUUUAAUCAGUGACCAGGAGCCUCAAGAGUGAGGAAAUAGGCAGCUGCCUACCAGGCGAGAUUCAAAGGUCAUGAACAACCACCUACCCCACCUGGACCUGUUCCAGUAGCUGCCAUUGCAUUGACAGGGACUUCAUUGGAGUGCAUUUGCUGCGGUGCAAGCAUCUUUGCUCUCUUGGGCCCUUUUCAGGAUGCAGAGAGGGAUAACCCACUAAACCAUUAUUAAUCAUUUGUGCCUAAGUACAGAUGGACAUUUAUCUUUUGCCACAAUCGACCUUAACAUUUAUUUCUCAUUCCUCAUGUUUAUAUAUCAACACUUCAGCCAGACUUGGUUUCUCUCCUUUGUCUUUUUUUCCAAAGCAGAUUUCAGAAGGCUAAACACAUACCGAAGAAUAAGUAAUUGAAGAAAGAGAGAUGAAGGGAAAAUGUCUAGAAAAUAAGCCCCUAUAGAAGCCAGACCACCUGAUCCCUUAGAUCUUCAUGCCUUGCUUGUCUUCCCACUACUUUCGUUUGCAACCCAAACUGGUCUAUCAUUUAGGAGAGUAUUUUCAGACAUGGUAGUGACAGGUGUAACAUCCUCCACACUUCCUUCCCAGCGAAAUAUAGGUGUUAACCCAGAUUUUCCUGAUAAACCCUUUGGGUUCCCUUUAUUUCUCCCAGCACAUGGACCCCUGGUUACAGUCAGUCAAAGACCGUGAGGGGCACGGGCCACAGCCAGCACGGCUCAAGUUCUGAAGUGCUUAUCCAGAAAUCUCAGCCUGAAGCUUCCACUGCGAUUCCAAAGACUUGGACACGUCGUGGCUCUGAUGGCACUGCUCUGUGGGGACGCACUGAAAGAGGUGGCCAAGGAGGCUGCAGAGGGCACUCACUACCUGCUGCACAUCACCCUGCGGCUGAAGUGUAAAAUCCUGCUGGAGGCAGCGAGGCCCUGCAUUUAUCUCCAGCACAACACCAACUCCUUGCGCCCUCACUCCCCACAUUCUAGAAAGUCUUUUACAGUAGUUUGUAAAGAGAAAGAUAUCUCUCAUGACAAGAAAAAUCACCAAAACUUAAAAAGAGCAAUGAAAAAAUGUCAAGAACUCCUGGAACUCUACGAUAUUAAACGGUUCUACAGUUGUCUCUUCAAAAUUGCCCAGCUUCUCAUGAUCCUGCUCAUCCAGAUCCACCACAGCAUCGGCCUCACCAUGUCUGAUGUCGCCUUCCCAAGUGGCCUGUAUGCAGGACAGGAAAUGUCUUCAGAGAUCUCCCCUUUGUGCUUUGCCAUACAGGCUACAAAGACUCUCCUCCUCAGAACAUUGUGCUGGCAGGAAUUCAACAACAUGGAAAAGAAUAGAGGAUGAGCCCUUCUGGAAGGAAAAGAUUGCCAUCUCCAAGGAGUAACCCUCCUUGCCAAGUGGGGAAGCUGAGGGACAAAAUAUGAAGGUGACUUGCCCAAGGUCACACAGCUAAUAAAUUCAAGUAGUCUGGCUCCAAAUCCCACAUCCUUGGCUGGUCUAUUCUGUUCCUCUCCAACCUGCUUUCUCUCUGGUGUGGAUAAAGAUUUCCUCUACAGUGAAUCUCAGUUGCUGAAUUCACGCCCCAAACUCAUGUAAUUGAACAAAUGUUAUGUUACUGAGUUUCAGAUUAUAAAUACAAAGUUUGAAUA